AUGGCACUUUUUAUGAGGUUUUCAAUGUCUAAAACUAAAUUAGUUUUUUCAAUGUCCAAAAUUGUAAUGCCGGUUUCUUCAAUGAAAUUAUCUACUAGCAGUUAUGAAUACAUUCUUACUGAAAAAGUUGGUGAGAAAAAAAAUGUUGGCCUUGUCAAACUCAAUAGACCCAAAGCAUUGAAUGCCUUGUGUGAUGGAUUGAUAACAGAACUUGUCGGAGCAGUGUCUGCUUAUGAUGCUGAUGAUACAAUUGGAGCUAUUGUCGUUACUGGUAGUGACCGUGCUUUUGCAGCUGGGGCUGAUAUUAAAGAGAUGAUCGACAAGGAUUAUUCAACAAAUUUAAAAAUUGGUUUACUUCAACAAUGGGAUAAUUUGGGUAAAUGCAAGAAACCAGUUAUUGCUGCUGUAAAUGGUUUUGCUUUAGGCGGAGGCUGUGAAUUAGCAAUGAUGUGUGAUAUAAUUUAUGCCGGAGAAAAAGCUAAAUUUGGUCAACCUGAGGUUGCAAUAGGAACCAUGCCAGGAGCUGGCGGUACUCAACGGUUGUCACGGUCUUGUGGUAAAAGUUUUACAAUGGAAGUAUGUUUAUCGGGAAAUCAAAUUACUGCUCAAGAAGCUUUAUCUAGAGGAUUAGUAAGCAAGGUGUUUCCUCCUGAAAAAUUAGUUGAUGAGGCUAUUAAAUUAGCAGAAAAAAUCAGUGAACAUUCACCUUUAAUUGUUACUCUAAUCAAAGAAUCAGUUAAUUAUGCUUAUGAAUCAGGCUUAAGUCAAGGAUUACAAUAUGAAAAGAAGAUGUUCUACAGUACUUUUGCUACAAAUGAUCGAAAGGAAGGAAUGACCGCUUUUAUUGAAAAAAGAAAACCUAACUUUACCAAUAAUUAA